UUUUUCUCUUGAGGUUGUGUUUUUUCCCAAGUUGGGGUCCUGCACAGUGAGAAAACCAAAGUUUUGGCGCGCAGGUCUGCACGCGCGCACCUGCGCUCCUGCUCAUGCGUCUUAACUUGAAGACGAGGGUCCAAAGGACAGGAGUGAGCGCGCGCCUGCCCGGACAGUCUCGUGGCUCCGUGUUUGUCUGUCCUCUUGGCUGAAGGCUGACAAUAAACAGAUGAAGGCGGCCGCGCGGCCUGUGCAGCCCCGAUGGGAGGAGAGGACAGAGCAGAGGGCAGGUCCAGCAGGGCGCGGUCUUCUUCUUGUCCCGCGGCACCUCAUCUGUACUGUAGUAGGAUCUCUUCCAUUUCCAUUUCUGCCAACAGCCCUGCGCCACAGGGACGCAUUGAGAACAAACCCGAGAGGCAGAAACCGCUGCGGGGACACCCUUUGACCGCCGUGCCCAACAGACGCAGCCAGACUACGCAGCGCGCGCCUCCGUGUCUGUCUGUAGCCCUUUUCUCACAGCUUCGACACAGAAAGAAAGCUUUGAACCUGCCUGCCAAGAUAAACUCACCUCGCCUAUUUAUGCCCCUGCCUCCGCGUGCACCCGGGACAGGAGAGCGUCAGCAGCCCAGAGGACAGGUUCAGGUCUUUCCAGCUCGUCUCCAGCGGCGCACUGGCCACUUUUACGCGCCGGGAAUGGCCACUUUUGGGGACUCGGGAAUGAGUCCUGCUCCGUUACCUCCACUCUAAAAUUAUAAAGGGGAACCCACGCGGGGGGACACGCGUCAAAAGAAAGACAGUGGUGACAUUUUGGCCACCCGCCGGGGGGUUACAUACCGGCCCCGGGGCGGAAUGCUGCUCCCGACGCUGGUGACGUGCCUCGCCGGGUGCGCCUUUCUCCUCUCGCCGGUCAGCGAGGGUUGCGGACCGGGUAGAGGCUACGGCAAGAGGCGGUCGCCGCGGAAGCUCGCGCCACUCGCCUACAAGCAGUUCAGCCCCAACGUGGCCGAGAAGACUUUAGGGGCCAGCGGGAGAUACGAAGGGAAAAUAACCCGGAACUCUGAGCGCUUCAAGGAGCUCACCCCGAACUACAACCCCGACAUCAUCUUCAAGGAUGAGGAGAACACAGGUGCCGACCGCAUGAUGACACAGCGCUGCAAAGACAGGCUGAACUCUCUGGCCAUCUCGGUGAUGAACCUGUGGCCCGGGGUCCGGCUGCGGGUCACCGAGGGCUGGGACGAGGACGGCCACCACUCGGAGGAGUCUCUGCACUACGAGGGCCGGGCGGUGGACAUCACCACCUCGGACCGGGACAGGAACAAGUACGCCAUGCUGGCGCGACUGGCGGUGGAGGCCGGGUUUGACUGGGUCUACUACGAGUCCAAGGCACACAUCCACUGCAGCGUCAAGUCAGACCACUCAGUGGCAGCUAAAUCUGGAGGUUGUUUCCCCGGCGAGGCCUUGGUCGCGCUGGAGAGCGGCGGGCAGAAGUCCAUCGGUGACCUGCGACCUGGCGAGCGCGUCCUGGCCUCGGCAGGCAGCGAUGGCAGCGGGGAGCUGGUUUACAGUGAAGUCCUGGCCUUCCUGGACCACGACCCUGUGACCCGGAAGCUCUUCUACACCCUGCAGACAGAAGCUGGAGCCCAUCUCUCGCUCACCGCCGCCCACCUGAUAUUUGUGUCCGAGGGAAACUGCUCAGAGGGGGCGGUGCCGGCCCGUGGCGCCCUCAGGACUGUGUACGCCAGCGACGCCCAGCCGGGACAGUGUGUGCUGGUGUCAGAGGGCAAAGCGGGACAGAGGCACAGCGAGGGGCGUCUGUCUCAGAUCACCCGGGUCAGCGUGAAGGACAGCAGGGGGGCGUUUGCACCGCUGACCCAGCAGGGGACGUUGGUGGUGGAUGGGGUGGUGGCGUCCUGCUAUGCGGUGGUGGACCAGCACUCCCUGGCUCACUGGGCCUUCUCGCCACUCCGGCUGAUUCACAGCUGGACUGGAUCCACUGGGAGCCACAGUGACGGGAUCCACUGGUACUCGCGGCUUUUACACUGGCUGGGGAGGAUGCUGCUGGACUCGGGACGCUUCCACCCGCUGGGUGUGGCACAGGACGACAGGUGAGGAAGGAAAAAGGGUAACACGGGUGGACACUUUUAUCAAAAAGGAACCUGAACCCCUCACUUUGUAACUGGGAUGACCCCAAAUACAAGCCUGUAGAGCUGUACGAGACCACGAUGAACCAGCUGACGAGGUGGGAGACGUCCUGCUGAGGCCUGAUGGGAGUUUUUCAGCGGGACAAAGAGGGAAGAACAAGCUGUGAACUGACAGAUGAAUUCUCCCAAAACCACAGACACAGACAGCAAAUAUAAGAGCAUUCAGAGGCAGAAUGAGCUCAAACAAGCGUGGAUGUUUCAAAGACUUUUGGUGACACUUGUAUCCUUAAAACACUAUGAAACAAUAAUCCCUUAAAAUACCCUUAAAGCCUUAAUCUACCCUUGAAAACACAAGUAUGGGAGCCAGAGAACCUUUAAUUUGUCCAUUAAUUUGAAAAACUGAGCCCCUUAAAAACACUUUCAUUUCAAAAGCCCUUAAUUAACAAAUGAAGCAGAGGUACGUGACUUCCUCCAUAAUUAGUUAGUUCUCAUUUUAAGGAGUUAUUGUUGGGAUUUAGGUGAUUUAAUGGGUUUUCUUUGUGGAUUAAAGCGGUAAAAAAAAAAAAAAAACUUUACCCAAAGCCAUCCCCCUUAAAUGAAAAAUUAAAAACACUUUUUAAGGUAUAAAUUAAGGGAUGGUUUUCAUGUUAUAUGGUCAGUUUUAGGGGUUUUUCACCACUUACAAAGCCCUUAAACCAUACAGAUAAUCCAUUAAACAUACCAUAUUAUAUUACAGUUAAUUAUCCACAUUACAAAUACCUUAAUUGCAUCACUAUUGUUGCUUAAAUGAAUGAAACCUUUAAAAUGUACCAAAUCGCAUGAAAGCCAUUCCUGGAUUUUCAUAUUAAUUGAAAAAUUAAGGUGCUUUUAAGGCCUGCUGUAAACUGAGGGACGGCUUUCGUGUUGUUUUGGUCCACUUUAAGAGGUUUUUAACCCUCAAAAAUCCUUAAUCUGUGCAGAAAACCCAUUAAAAUCCCUUAAUAUAAUACAAUCCAUGAUUCUAUGAAUUCAUUUACCAUUAAUCUGGAGUGAACCUUUUGAAAUACCUGAAAUCUGAGUAAGAAUCCCUUUAAAUAGCGUACACCUGUACAUGAACCCAACCUUAAAAAAAAACAUUGAUAAUUAGUUGAUUUGUCAAAUAUGUAAAACAUAAUGUGUAAUUUAAAGGGAAAGUUAUUGGUCAAUUUAAAUGUGUUUUACCCCUUAAAAAGCCCUCAAACGACGCAGAUAAUCAAUGAAAAGAUGUAAUAUAUUACAAUGUCCCAUUAAAACAUCUUAAUUACUUAAACAGAAAGGGUUUCAAGGUAAACCUUUAAGGGAUUUAGUUUCAUGGUGAAGUCCACAGGGAUGUUGUUCUCUUUGUAUGUAACAUUACAGCUUUAAUACAGCGAUUUUUAGAAUAAAUGAUAGAGUGUAUUUAAAUGUUAUUUGUUUACAGAAAUCCAAUAAUGUUUAUGAAGUUAUUAUAGGUGAAGAGAUAUUAAAAAGAUUUAUUUUUGAAAUUAAAUUAUAUGGAAAUGA